GUAAGUCGGUCCUAGUCGGUCAACGGGUCAAAGACGGUCUUCAAAUUGUAUCGUGUAUUUGAUGGGUCAUAUUGCAGUUUCAUUGACAAUAACACGUGUAUUCUACAAUAACGAAGAUUUACUGUAACCAAAAAAUCAAUUAGUUUACUAUAUAUCAUAACAGUGUUAAAUGGAGUCCGGUAAAUCUGAUUCUACCCCGAAACAAGCUAUGGUAUACAUUUGUGGAGAAUGUCAUCACGAUAACGAGAUUCGUGCCAAAGAUGCAAUUCGAUGCAGAGAAUGUGGAUAUAGAAUCAUGUACAAGAAGCGUACAAAAAGACUUGUUGUAUUCGAUGCACGAUGAGUACAUGAGUGGCGGACAAUGGCGAGCAGCGUUAUUUUCUUUAUAUCUGUUAAAAUAGUUAUUUCACAUAUAAGGGUUAUUUA